AAUGGUAACAACCGUGUUGUGUUUUGAUGGAGAUCACAGAAACUGGAUCAGAACCGUCUCUUUAUUCGGUACCGUCGAGGCCUGUGUGAACAUCUGGGGCAGUUGUGCCACUAACCUGCAGAAAAUAUGCAAGUGGUCGUUGCAUGUGUGCAGAGAUAGCAUGGGAGUGGUGUUAGCUGCUGCAAGGCUCGGACAGGAAUAGCCUCGAACACGCUUUGUGCGCACUAGUUUAGGUCGCUCUGCAGGUUGCUCUGGGAUGCAUCUCUCCAAGAAAUGCUCCGUCUUCAAAGUGGUGCUGAGUGCUCUGCUGCUGGUGGCGCUCCUGCAGCUCAUGUACCUCUCCUUCUUGUCCAAGUUUCACGGUAAGCAGCAGCGGUACCGGUACUCCGAGCUGUUCGGGGGCUCCGGGGGGAAGAGGAAUGUGCACGCCGAGAAAAACUCGAGGAAGGAGCGUCUGAGGUACUCGCUGUCCACCGGUGGCAUCUUCGACAACAGCGGGCAGUACCGGGUCUACAAGAACUUGAUUAAAAGUGAUUUCACUGCAAACCACAAGCCGGGAUCCGACCCAGGGUCAGGGGUUCUGGCUUUGGCCACGCACACAACCAUCAACAACCUGCAUCAGCUGGAGUCUCUUCUGGAGAGGUGGCACAACCCGCUCUCCGUGGCCAUAUUUGCGCACGGGCAGGAUGUCAAGUUUGCCACGGCUCUGGUUUACGCGCUCAGCUUCUUCUGCCCACAGAUCCAAUCCCUGGUGGACUUCCAUCUGGUCUGCCUCUCCGGAGAGAUGGCCAGCUUCCCAGACCAGGACCGGGAGCACUUCGCCGGGCUGGAUGACUGCGCGUCCGUGUUCUCCAGACUGGAGAGCCACAGGGACAAACACAAGAACUACGCCAUCAGUGGGAACGUCUCCUACCCGAACAACCUGCUGCGUAACGUGGCGCGCAGUGGCACGGACACCUCCUACGUCCUGGUCAUCGACAUGGACAUGGUGCCGAGCGCAGACCUGCACCAGAACUUCUUGGCCCUGAUGGCGAAGCGUGAGCCGGUGGGCGAUGAGGUCUUCGUGUUGCCCGCUUUCGAGAUCCGCCAUGCGCGGAAGAUGCCCGCCACCAAGGCGGAGCUGGUCCAGCUCUACCAGGUCGGAGAGGUCCGGCCGUUCUACGAGGAGCUGUGUCCCCGCUGCCAGGCCCCCACCAACUACUCACAGUGGGUCAACAGCCACGUGAGGGAGACGGGCACCCUGGAGGUCUCCUACACGCUCACCUGGAUGGACCCCUGGGAGCCUUUCUACAUCGGGCCCCACACUGUGCCCCUCUAUGAUGAGAUCUUCAAGCAAUAUGGCUUCAAUCGUAUCAGCCAGGCCUGCGAGCUCCACGUGGCCGGCUACAAGUUCUCGGUGCUGAGCUCGGCCUUCGUGGUGCACCGGGGCUUCAAGAUCCAAGGGGAGUUCCACGCCAGGAAGGACGAGGAGAACAAACGCAACCGCGUUCUGUUUCGCAGCUUCAAAGAGGGCCUGAAAACCAAAUACCCGUCCUCCAAACGCCGGUGCUGAAACAAGAGGAGGACUGCACAUCCUGCCUCUAUCGGUCUCUAAUGAAAUCAAUGUUCUGCUGAAAUAUAGGACGUACAUCUUUCUUAUUUUAACCAGUUUUAGCUUCACGCCAGGCUCUCCGCCCGAAACGUCCUCGUUUUUUCUUUGAUUUCUCCCGAUGACGGCACAGUAGGAGUUUAAUUUAAUCCGACGCUUUGGGUUUCAUUUCAAGUCCCUCUGAAAGCGAGCAGCAGGGAAAGGUUCUCUGGAGAUUUCAGAGAGCGUCCUGCUGGUUGGGACUGAAAGUAAGAAAAGAUGGGAAAUCUAGAUAACGGAUGCCAUUUGAUCGACAUUAAUGUUAAAGCUUAUGAUGUAUAUUUUCUAUUUUAAGGCAUUUUUGAGCUUGUGCAGAUACAAAAAUAGACAAAAAUCUGACUGCAAGACACAAAGUCUCUACAUAUUCUCUCCGAGAGACAUCCUGUGAGUUCAGCAACACCAAGUUAGAGGCUCAGCAUUUAAUGACAGCUGAUCAAAGAUGGCCUUGUUUCUCAAAAGUCCAACUGAAAUCACAUUUAGUCGUCACUUUUUUGUUUUCAGACGUAACGUCAAAUUUAUAGUUAAAUAAAAAAAUCCUUAUAUCCUAAAGAUAGAAAAGUAUUGGUAUAUAUGGUUAUUGUGCAAUAUGACUGGCUGUAUAAGAACAAGUUUUCCUUAUAUAUAGAGGAUUAUUCUCCCUUUUUGGUUUUGAGUUCUUUUCUUUUAUCACUUUUCUUCCAGUUUGAUGUUUCUUUUGAAAGUUGUGCCAAUCAAUGAUGUGGUCCGUCCACCAGGUGGCAACAAGUACUUGAGUUUUAAUUGCAGUGUAUAUUUUUGGCUUGAGGUAAGCAUUGGAAACACUACAGCAGAACACAGGGAUUACACAACACCAGUGCUGUUUGGCGCUCAAGGGGAUGUAAAUUCACCGUCGGCACAUUUCAGACGUUCUCCUCACCCUGCGAGUGCUCGUUCUCGCCACAAACUGUCUGAAGAGAUUAACCACAAGUCCCGAGGACAACAAAGCACUGGGGAACUUUACAUAGAACACUUGUACAACACUAUGAUCACGCCAACACUGUGGUAAACUACUGUAUUAUAUAUCUGACGCUGGUAGUCGGUUAGAUUAUCUUGAGUUAGAGGCUACAGGUAGAAAUGUAGCAUGAAUAUAACAAAAAAACUGGACAAUCAAAAUGUAAACCAAACAAAAGCAGUCUGUGUAGUCAGAAGGAUUUCUGUGGAAACGUUAGCUCAACACCACUAGAAAAUAUCAAAUGAUUUUAUACUCGUAUUACUCUGUAACCUACUGGUACAUACAGCACAUACAGUAUUAAUCAUCAACUACCACUCUUCCUAUAUACACACCAUAAGUACUGCAAAGUGUACAAAAUAUGUUUAGUUACUUUUAGGUGUUAAGUUGAUGUGUAAUUGUUGAUUUUGGAGCACACUUGUUGUGUUUAUGAUAUAUUUAUUGUAAAAUGAUUAAGUUCAACUGGACUGUGUAUGAUUUUUUUUUUUUAAUGACCCUAAGCAGGAAAACUGUAGCACGAGAAAUUGUGUUUGGUGCGAAAAAAUGAUGUUUGGUAUGUAAUAUUUUUGUUUUACAACCACUUAAAAAAAAAAAUGUAAUUGGUAUUUUUUGGAGUGAGAUCAACAUAUGAACAUAUGACUGCUGUGAUGAGGUGAUGUGGUACUUUAUUUUUCAAAAAUCUUUUUUUGUGUGUGUUCACAAAAUAUAAUGCCUGAUUUGUA